AUGUCCGGAAAGGGUGUUGGCAUGAGAGUUGGUGGCAAGGGUUCAUGGCGCAGGAAGGCCAAGAAGGCCCCAACAGGCAGCCAGGAGGCUGAUAAGCUUUGGCUCGCUGCUCAGCGCCAGGGUUGCCGCGAUAUUGGUGGAAUCGAUGGUGCUUCUAUCAUCAUGGCCACAAAGGAAACAGGUCUUUCAUUCACAAAGCCAGAGCUCGCUAUUGAUAUGCGCGCUAAUACCUACGUCCUCCGUGGAAAGCCAGAGGAGAAGCCAAUUGCUGAACUUCUUACAGAACUUAUCCAGGGCAUGGCUUCUAACCUUGCCAAGGCUAACAAAGACGAGAAGAAGGACGAACUCGGCAAUGUCGAGAAUGUCGAUUUCUCAAAGCCAGAAGAGGAGAAGCAGGAGGAAAAGAAGGAAGAAUAA